GCGCCAGCUCCUCCUGCUCCUCGGCGGCGUCUGGUCUCCCCGUCAGUCUGAGGAGAAGUCGGCGGAAGGCGAGUCGCUCCAACCUCUGCUGUCGUCGUCGUCGUCGUCGUCUCCGUCUCCCUCCCUCAGGCGGCCAUGGCGAUGGAUACGAGCGGCAAAGAGAAGGAGGCGCUGCAGCUGCUGGCCGAAGCGGACAAGAAAGUGCGCGGCUCCCAAGGCUUCUUCUCGGGGCUGUUCGGGGGUGGCUCCUCCAGGGUCGAGGAAGCAUGUGAUAUCUAUGCAAGAGCGGCCAAUAUGUUUAAAAUGGCCAAGAACUGGAGUGCUGCAGGGAAUGCUUUCUGCCAGGCUGCUCAGUUGCAUCUCCAGCUGCAGAACAAGCAUGAUGCGGCCAUGAGCUUUGUGGAUGCUGGCAAUGCCUUCAAGAAAGCUGAUCCUCAAGAGGCCAUUAACUGUCUCCUCAGAUCCAUUGAGAUCUACACAGACAUGGGCCGUUUCACCAUUGCAGCCAAGCACCAUAUAACGAUAGCAGAGAUCUAUGAGACGGAGCUGGUAGACAUUGAAAAGGCAAUAGCCCAUUAUGAGCAAGCUGCAGAUUACUACAAAGGUGAAGAAUCUAAUAGCUCUGCGAACAAGUGUUUGCUGAAAGUGGCUACCUACGCAGCUCAGCUGGAGCAGUACCAGAAAGCUAUUGAGAUCUACGAGCAGGUGGGCACCAGCGCCAUGGACAGCCCUCUGCUGAAGUACAGCGCCAAGGAGUACUUCUUCAAGGCAGCGCUCUGCCACUUCUGCAUUGACAUGCUCAACGCCAAGUUGGCUAUACAGAAAUAUGAAGAAAUGUUCCCAGCUUUCUCGGACUCCAGAGAGUGCAAACUGGUUAAAAAAUUGCUGGAUGCUCAUGAAGAACAGAACAUUGACAGCUACACCGAAUCGGUGAAGGAGUACGACUCCAUCUCUCGCUUGGACCAGUGGCUCACCACCAUGCUCCUGCGCAUCAAGAAAACCAUACAGGGCGAAGAGGAGGACCUACGCUAAGCCACUGCCCCCCAACCCUCUGCCCCUCAUCUGCAGAACUCUGCGUGGAUCGGCUCUGGGGGAGGAGAGGGGUUUUGGCCCAAAGGAACUGGACUUGAAUGGCAAAUGGUUUAUUACUGCUCCCUUUCUCAUCACCUCUCUCCUUGCCGCCGCCUCUUAGUACUGCAGAAAACAGGACCAGGGAGUGUGUCGUCUGUGGACUGACUCCAGCUGGAGAGAGACAUGAAGGCUGUAACAUGAAGUUCUCAUUUCCGUUGCCUCGCUGCCCCUCCCCAGAAUCUGAGCGCGUUGCUUUCUGAGCCAGCAUUUUACCUUCUUCCGACGGCUUUAAAAUCAUUUGUAUGGCUUAACGCUUGAAAGUCUCUCUAGUGGGUUCAGAUGAUGGCACCAGCUUCCUUCCUCUCUCCCAGAAGAGAGCUUGUUGGAAGCUCGCCCUGGGGUGGAAAGGAGCCUCUUCUGUACAGCAGAGGACAUGCCCCCGUCCUCGUGGCCUCAUCCCGUUACGCACCUCAAACCACAUCUUCCAGAGCAGUUCCAGCCCCCCUCCCCCAGGCAGCGAUUGGAUGGCAGCCCCUUUCUCCCCUUUCCUUGUAUCAAAUACUUGUCCUAUCAAAAAGGGUAGCAUUGCUUUCUAAUUCUAAUGAUUGACAUGAAGCUGCCUGAGCUGGGUCUUAAGUGGAGGCUGGCACACAUACCCCCAUUUCAACUCCUGGCAGACAUACGAGAACCAGAAAUUCCAGAUACUUUACGUGGUGUGUAUGCUAACUCUUCUUUUCCAGGCUGCCAGAAGCAUUUCUCGCAGCCCAGCUUACCAUCUUGAAUUCAGGUAGGAAAGAGUGACCCUUGCUCUUUCCCUUGCCCUUAGAAGUUUGGUGCCAGUCACCCAUACAACAUUACACGAGUAUGGGGUCGUAAUGCAUAUCCAUUUGCCGGUCACUAGGGGAUAUAGGGUGUUCGUUCUCCUGUUGCCUGCGUAGCAAGAGGCAGACAAUUCCUGAGCCAUGCUGCAGGUAGCCAAAAACCUAUUUAAUGCUAGUAAUUCUGUGUGUGUGUGUGUGCGCAGGCUGUCUUGAUAGCUACCAUCUCUUGCAUGGUUUUCCUUCAGGCUUAGUCUGAAGGGAGCAAUUCCUCUGCCAAGUAUUCUGUGUUCUGUAUUCAUUGUCCUAAAGCUUCCCUCCCACCUCUGGAUUUCCUCUUGUGUUGGCUUUAAAACAAAAAAACAAACAAAAAACACCUAACUUUUAUCAUGUAGUUGAGACAAAAGGGUUGAUAGCUUCAUGAGGGAUUCUCAUGUUUUUAUUAUUCAAGGGGGCGGGGAGGGUGAAAUUAAGUGCUGCUGCAUGUUUUACAAUGUCCACCAGCAAGUAACUCUGAUUAUACAAAAAAUAACUUGCACACAGCAAACAACGAGUAAUAAAAAUCUGCAUGGGUGGAAAACCAAACUAUAGUAAUCCUUGUCUAACAAUAGCCUCUCUAGCUAAAGUUCCUGCUGCUGCUCUUAAGUGACGUGCAUGUUUCAGGCCUAGGCUCUCCACGCUGUUUGUUCCCAUCAGUGUUCCAGGACUAAUUCUGCCACCUUUCCCGUCAACCCUUCUAAGUUGUGAUUUCUAUUUCUGAGCACUGGCUGUGAUUCUGUCUAUAAAAAACACAAUUACCUGCUUGAA